CGUAGUGUCCGGAAAGGUGCUUUCCAGAACGCAGCAAGAUAGAAAUCGCCCACCCGCCCCGAUCCCUGCGUGCACGCGUGUCUGCUCUCACGCGUACACACACACACACACACUCCUCGGCAGAAUCGAAAGAAGACACGGGCAUAAGAAGACAGCGUUGCGCCUCGGCCCGGAAUAAAUACUCAACGCAGCGGACGUCACUCGUGUCAGUUUUAUAGCGCCCUCAGCAGCCACCGACACACAUAUCAGCCGGACUGGGGACCCGAAACGCGCCCAGGUUCGAUUUCGAAAUCCGUGCGAUCGUGCAAUCGGCCCAUGCAGCAUCAGCAGCAUCGCAACAUAAUUCGCUGUGCGUCGCUCGUGUGUCUCCAAUAAAUUUGUGCUACAUAAAUGCGCUUAAGUGUGCGUACGUGCGUGUGCCUAUAUUAAUUGUGUGUGUGUGAUAGAGAGAGAGAGAAAGAGAGAGAGUGAGUGCUUGGUGCGUCCGAGGCUAGACAAAUUGGAGCAGUGACAACAAAAAUGUAAUGCACCUUCACGCGCACCCCCCAAUCAGACCGACUCCCGUGCACUGAAGGGGUUGAAGUGUAAGGUGACGGUUGCAAUAAGGCUACCUACCCCUCGCUGAUGCUAGCAACUAUCCCCACACACACUCACGCAGUACAAGCAGUUCAAUACGGCGGUGACCAGGACAGCAUGAGGAGAUAACAAAAAAAAAUGUUGGAAGUGUUUUAAUUUUGGGGAGCAAACUCUUCAUCAACGCUUGUAUCACCCCCGAUUGUAUAAACCUUCGCGCCCUGCACUGCCUCUUUCAAAUCGCGAGAUUGAAGGAGGGACCCAGCGGUUCGCACCAAGCACCGCUAGCGAAGACACACGGUCUCACAAUAUUUGGUGGGUUCUUGCACACACAGCACACAAACACACGCGCGAGAGAUAAGGGACCAGUCUGCAAAGGCAAUUAAAGAGAGUGGAGAAGCAUCCAACAACCAAAAAAAAAACGUUUAUAUCUAUACACCCAGAACAAGUCGAGAAGUAACACCUUUUUGGAAGUCCCGUAAUACACCUUCUUCCGUCUGGGCGAGAGGAAGUCUCGCCAGCCUAUUGUGCCGAUUUUAUUAUUUUUCUGUUCGGUUGUUUGGUGGGCUUUGAUCGUUGGAUUUGGUCGUUGUGUUGCUGUGUGCCCAGUCGCCAGCCACUUGCAACCGAGGAAAGCCACGACGACCUGCUGGAACGACUCCCCGGAGGACCGAUCGUCACGACUGCUGCUGCUGCUCCUGCUCGUCCCUGGAGAUCGUCCCGCAGCGGAGAUCUGCGGGAGCGACCAGCGGCUAUCAAACAACACUGCUGUCUACCUGUCCCGUGAGGCUGCACCGAGGAGGACUCACCUCUACCUGUGAACCCAAGACCCACGCAGGCUGCUGCAAAAGAUGUCUUCUACGAAUACGGCUAUGUGUAGAAGAAAUUGUACUCGAUGAAGGUGUCAGGUUGUCACAAAUGGAUGUGUAAAGUGCAGACAUGAGUUUGAGAGCAAGAGAAGGAGAAAAUCAGUUUAACAGCAAACAAGAAAGCACAUCACACCCACUACAUCGAUAAACAAGAUAAAGCAGUUAAAAAUAGCUAAGUCAAAGCAAAAGGAAAGCAAACUUGAUCUUGACAGCAGCGUAAAAGUUCGGGAGAAACAAAACAAAAGAUAAGCAAUAUUGCCAGAGAGCACUAGAGCGCUAGUAGCCAACGAGCAGCAGAGCGACGAGAGCGAGAUAAGCAGCAAUCACCCACUGAGUCUGCAGGCGACGAACCCCCGGUGCAAUCCGAAACCAAAAUGAUUGACACAGCGACCGGUCAGGCGUAUCAGCAGGCGCUGCUGCUGCUGGUCGCGCUGGUCUGCACGCUGUUGCUGCCGGUGGUGCAGACACGCCAGGAGUACUACUACACCUACCAGGACCCGUACGAGGACGACCUGUCGCUCUGGAUCAACGAGCAGCAGGUGAAGAUCUUCAGCGGCGUCGCGAUGAAGAUCUACGCGAUCGACAACGGGCGGGUGUCGCCGCACAUACGCGACCCGAACUUCAGCCAGUAUCUGCCGGUCAUCCCGUCCGAGGUGAGCAGCGUCAACUUCACGUGGAAGGCGGGCUCGAAGAAGUACUACUACAACUUCGACCGGCUGAUGUCGGUGGACGAGAGCAUCCUCAAGCCACCGACAAUCUCGAUCAAAACGUCCGGGCGCGUGCCGAAGAACGCCAAGGAGUUCAGUGUGAUCCUGCCAUGCUCCGGUAAUGUAUCGGGCAUCGCAAUGUUCAGCAUUGGACUCCUGAUCCAAACGCGGAAAGGCAAACCGGUCCCCGGCACGCCUCUCCGCAUCAAACUACGUAAGGAAUGUGCACAUAGAGGUGUGUAUGAAAGAUCUUCUACUCUAACAUCUUCUUCGCAAGGACCCGACCCGGAGUGUGACAAGAAGUGUGCGAACAAGGGCGUCUGCAACGAGGACAAGAUCUGCCAGUGUCCGGAGGGCUACAUGGGCCAGUACUGCCAGACGGCGCUCUGCUACCCGCAGUGCAUGAACGGCGGCAACUGUACCGCACCGGGCACCUGCUCCUGUCCGCCCGGUUACCAGGGCCGGCACUGCGAGGGAGGCAUCUGUGCCGAAAAGUGUCAGAACGGGGGCAAAUGCAUCCAGAAGGACAAGUGCGAAUGCACCAAGGGCUACUACGGGCUGCGCUGCGAGUACUCGAAGUGCGUCAUACCGUGCCUGCACGAUGGCAAGUGCCGGGGAGUGAACAAGUGCCGGUGCAAGCCGGGCCUGAGCGGCGAUCACUGCCAGAUCGGGCGCCGGCAGCGCUCGACCUGCAAGAGACCGUGCAAGCAUGGACUCUGCCAGCCCAACCAUACGUGCGCCUGCGACAGUGGCUGGUACGGGCGGCUUUGCAAUCAGCGCGAAAAGAAGCGCCGCAACACCAACGGAGCCGGCGGUGGUGGUGAUACGGGCGGUGGUGGGGGUGGUCCAGCAAGACUUCCAAAGAAAUAGAGCAAACAUCCCUUUUGGGCUCGACGUCGUAAAGGGUUUCACGUGACUGCGAGAUUAGUAGUGUGCACUUUGGCACAAGUCAUUCAAGUCACUCGCGACUACUCACCUCAGUCAGGCCAGGUGUACAAAGUGUCGAAGAAGGAGGAAGCCAUACGGGGCGUCGCCGCCGCCGCCGCCACAGUGUCACUGGGUUGCUCCACCAUAUCUUGCCAGCGGGAGAAGCGCAACAGAAGCCACAAGGGCACGAUUUACUAGUUGGAUACGAUAUGCGAAACAAAUGGUGAUAUAAUAAAGUAAUUUGCUGCAUUCCUGUCUGGGUAGGGCGCGAUGCCGCGACGCGCGCACUGCUCGGUAAUGUGUAUA